AUGGAAGUUGAUAAGUUGACUGAGAAGCUACAAGGGGUUGGGAUUGCUUCUGCUAGUGCUGAUGGUCCCGUGGUUAGAGGUCGUCCAAAAAUGUGUGACCUUUGUUACUUAAUGACGGCGAUAUUCAAGACUGAAGGCCUUCUUACAAAUUCAGGAGGCAUGGCAGUGAAUGAUACUGCGGGAACAUUAGCCCUUGGACAUUUUCGUGACGAACACACUCUAGUAGCAGUGAUAAUUGGAACUGGUACUAAUGCUUGGUAUGUGGAGCGAACAGAUGCAAUAAUCAAGACUCAAGGCCUUAUUACAAAUUCAGGAGGCAUAAUAUAUUUUGUAGUGAACACGGAGUGGGGUAAUUUUUGGUCGUCUCAUCUACCGAAAACUUCAUACAAUAAUGAUCUAUAUGCGGAGAGUCCUAACCCAUAUUCGUAUGAUCAGGGUUUCGGAAAAAUGAUUUCAGGAAUGUAUCUAGGUGACACUGUAAGGAGGGUACUUUUUAGAAUGCCACAUGAGUCGGAUAUAUUUGGGGAGCUGUCUUCUAGCUUGUGGGUGCCCUUAAUACUGAGGAUUCCGUUAAUGGCCGCUAUGGAUGAGGAUGAUUCUCCAGACUUGAGAGAAGUGACCAGAAUCCUUAAUGACAUGCCACAUCCUAAUUUGAUCUUCAACGAGGUGAAAACUCCACUCUAG